AUGGAGUCACUUUUAGAAAGAGAGAGGAGACAGAGAGAGAUAGAAAGAGAGAGGAAGAGAAGGAGAGGAAGAGAAGGAGAGGAAGAGAAACAAAAUGGGUUAAAAGAUAAAAUCUUGGCAAUGAACAUCAAAUCCUUCAGCGACGCAUGUAAUUUAUUCGAAACAUUUCGUAUUCAGCCAAAAACUUCUGAUACAUUAUGGUAUCGACCACUGGACCCAGGGCCUAUUUUUAGCGAUCGACCCAUCUGUACAUACCUACGUGAAAUUCAGGGAGGAUUUUAUUGGUCUGUUAAGAAUGACGUCACGACGAGGAGUCGACCAAUCGCGCUUGGAGGCUCUGCGCAUGAUCUGCAAGCCUUCUCUCCAGCGAGGAGCGAUCCAGUCAGUCUGGGCCCGCGGUACACAGGUGUGCCGAGCUCGCGGUCACACUAUACAAGAAUCCAGCGCACCAUGACCAAC